GUCUCUUCCUCACCAUUUUCCCCUUUAUUAUAAGGAGAGAAAGAGAAUACUGAAAACUGAGAGAGAGGCAUCAAAACCGCUCAGUCAAAGAAAAAACCAGUGACCAGAGAGAGCGACCGAGUCACCAAGAUAUCUUUUGAUAUUUUUGAACCAAAACCAGACAUGGGUUCUAAGCUAUUUCUCUUCUGCCUGCUUGUUCACUUCAUGGACCAAACAUGGGUGGCUGCUGCAAACACAGAGCUGAGAACACUCAUGGACAUUAAAGCGUCUCUAGACCCAGAGGGCAGGCAUCUCUCUUCAUGGAGAAUCAAUGGUGAGCCAUGCGAUGGUUCAUUUGAAGGAAUAGCGUGCAACGAGAAGGGCCAAGUAGCCAACAUCUCCUUGCAAGGAAAGGGUUUGUAUGGCAAGGUGUCUCCAGCCAUUGCAGGCCUCAAGCACUUGACUGGACUAUACUUGCAUUAUAACUCUUUGUAUGGAGAUAUACCAAGUGAAAUAGCCAACUUGACUGAGCUUACAGAUUUGUACUUGAACGUAAAUAAUCUCUCCGGCGAUAUUCCUCCUGAGAUCGGUAACAUGGGCAGCUUGCAAGUGUUGCAGCUUUGUUAUAACCAGUUAACAGGCAGCAUACCCACCCAGCUUAGUUCUUUGAAGACGCUUAGUGUUGUUGCUUUCCAAUCUAAUCAACUCACUGGUGCAAUCCCUGCAAGUUUAGGUGAUCUGAGUAUGUUAAGGAGACUAGAUUUGAGCUUCAAUCGCUUAUUCGGUUCAAUCCCGCAAAAAUUAGCUGAUGCUCCUCUUCUGGAAGUUUUAGACAUUCGAAACAAUACUCUGUCUGGCAAUGUGCCUCCUGCUUUGAAGAGACUGAAUGAAGGAUUUCUAUAUGAAAACAAUCUGGAGCUAUGUGGAGCUGGGUUUUACUUGUUGAAGGCUUGCAGUGCUUCAAGUAGCAUCAAUCCUAGUAGACCUGAACCUUUUGGAACUGGUACAACAAGAAACAUACCGGAGACAGCAGAUUUGCAGCUGCCUUGCAACCAAACUCCGUGCUCAAAUUCAUCCAAAUCUCAUCAAGCAUCUGUUGUUGUUGGUGCAAUUGUUGUAACCAUUGCAUUGUUAGCUUUAGCUAUUCUGACCUUCACACAAUAUCGGCGCAGAAAACAGAAGCUUGGAAAUGCAUUUGAUAUUGUUGACAGCCAUCUUGGUGAUGACCUGGCCAAGGGGGUUUAUAGGAAGAAUGGCUCUCCUCUCAUUAGCCUCGAGUAUGCAAAUGGAUGGGAUCCACUGGCCGAUGGUAGAAAUCUCAAUGGAUUUGCUCAAGAAGUCUUCCAGAGCUUUAGGUUCAAUCUUGAAGAGAUUGAGACAGCCACUCAGUACUUCUCAGAGGUGAAUUUGUUGGGCAAGAGUAACUUUUCUGCUACCUAUAAAGGGGUUUUAAGAAAUGGGUCUGUUGUUGCUGUAAAGAGCAUCAGUAAAACUAGUUGCAAGUCAGAUGAAUCUGAGUUUUUGAAGGGACUAAACAUUUUGACAUCCUUGAUGCAUGAGAAUAUAGUAACUUUAAGAGGAUUUUGCUGUUCAAGGGGCCGCAGGGAGUGCUUUCUCGUUUAUGAUUUUGUUCCCAAUGGAAAUUUGCUUCGCUAUCUUGAUGUGAAGGAUGGUGAUGGCCAUGUCCUCGAUUGGUCCACUAGAGUCUCUAUUGUCAAGGGCAUUGCCAAAGGUAUAGCACAUUUACACAAGUGCAAAGGGAACAAACCUCCUCUUGUUCACCAGAAUAUUUCGGCUGAGAAGGUGUUAAUCGAUCAGCGAUACAACCCAUUACUUGCAGAUUCUGGCCUGCCAAACGUUCUUACCAAUGACAUUGUCUUCUCAGCCUUGAAGGCCAGUGCUGCCAUGGGUUACCUGGCUCCAGAGUACACCACCACUGGUCGAUUCACAGAGAAAAGCGAUGUUUAUGCAUUUGGGGUGCUUGUUUUACAAGUCCUCUCUGGGAAGCGGAAAGUUACCAGCUUGGUCCAACAUGGAGCUGAGUCAUGCAAAUUCCAAGACUUUAUCGACCCAAACCUCCAUGGAAAGUUCUUCGAAUACGAAGCAACUAAACUCACAAGAAUCGCUUUUCUUUGCACCCAUGAUUCUCCUACUGAGAGACCAUCUAUGGAAGCGAUUGUCCAAGAAUUAAGUAACUUUAGUAGUUGUUUCUAAUUUCAAUUACUUCAUUUCUCAACUGUUGCCUGAACAACUUAUAGUGGGUAAUGGCAGGAUGAGGAUGAGUGUGGCACAAACUAUUCACUGAUGAUGGAAACUUUAGUAGUCUUCCCACUGGGGACUAAGCUUUGUUGUUCGUGUAAUUUUACGCAGGCUUGCUAAGCCUGAAAAGGGAAAUGAGGAGUUUUUCAUCCGUGAUUAACUUUGUUAAAAA